UGACCCUUCCACGAUCGCGGCGCACCAAUUGGCCACGCCCUAGACGACAGGCUCGUUGACAUCAAUCUCCUCCGUGACAGACUUCCCAUAGCUGCUUUAUAUACCUUUAUUGUGCAAAUAUCUGCUCUCUGAAGUCUUGUUCACGCAUCACUCCUGAAGCCGACGGCAAUGGGUGACCAUGGGGAUGGAAAUAUCAAGGUCGUUGUCCGCGUAAGGCCACUGAACGCGCGAGAAAUUGCCCGGGGCGCGAAAUUCCUUAUUCGCAUGCAAGGAAAUCAGACCUUUCUAGAUCCUCCUGAUGAAAAGGAUGCUAGUGGGCGCGCCACGGAGCGUAAGACAAUGGCCUUUACUUUCGACAAGUCUUAUUGGUCAGCUGGUGCUCGUAAUGAUACCAACUACUGCAGCCAGCAAACCCUUUACGAUGAUCUUGGGAAGGAACUCCUUGAGCAUGGAUUUGCUGGCUUCAAUGCGUGUAUCUUAACUUAUGGCCAGACUGGUUCCGGAAAGUCUUACAGUAUGAUGGGAUAUGGCGCUGACAAAGGGAUUAUCCCUUUGACAUGCGAGGAAUUGUUCAGACGAGUGGAAGAGCAAACUAGUGCGGAUCCGAACCUAGCUUUCACUGUGGAAGUUUCAUAUAUUGAGAUCUACAACGAGAAGGUCAAGGACCUCCUCAACCCAAAAAAUAAGGGCAAUUUAAAAGUUCGAGAACACCCAAUUUUGGGACCCUACGUCGAAGAUCUGUCGAAGCUUAUGGUGUCGAGUUACACCGACAUGAUGACACUGAUGGAUGAGGGGAAUAAGGCGCGCACUGUAGCGGCGACUCAGAUGAACGAGACGUCAUCGCGGUCGCAUGCCGUAUUUACGCUGGUGCUGACGCAAAAGCGAUGUGACGUUGAGACAAAUCUUGAUACCGAGAAGGUUUCUCGUAUCAGUCUGGUGGAUCUUGCCGGUUCUGAACGAGCGAACUCCACGGGAGCCACAGGGACACGGUUAAAGGAAGGAGCAAACAUCAACAAGUCUCUAACAACUCUUGGAAAUGCUGACCCUAAAGGCGCAAAACCUAAGAAAGCCACUCAGGACUUCAUUCCGUACCGCGACUCUGUCUUGACAUGGCUGCUAAAAGACAGCUUAGGAGGGAAUUCAAAAACUGCCAUGAUAGCUGCAAUCUCUCCGGCCGACUAUGAUGAAACACUGAGUACACUUCGAUAUGCUGAUCAAGCGAAGAAGAUCAAGAACAAGGCGGUUGUCAAUGAAGACCCCAAUGCCAAACUCGUGCGCGAGCUGAAAGAAGAGCUCGAAAUGUUGCGAGCCCGUGUUGCCAGCGGUGGUGGCGGUUCUGGCGGAGAAGCCACGUUUGAUCCGACCAUACCAGCUUCCAAGCAAAUGGUUACAUAUCAAACCAAGGAUGGUCAGACGAAGACCGUCUCGAAAGCGAAACUUCAAGAACAACUGGAAAGCAGGGAGAAGCUCAUGAAGAGUCUUAAUGAGACGUGGGAGGAGAAGAUGCAGCGCACCCAAGAGAUUCAUAAGGAGCGCGAACAGGCGCUAGAAGAACUUGGAAUCACUGUAGAUAAAAACAACGUUGGUGUCCAUACUCCAAGGAAGAUGCCUCAUUUAGUCAACCUGAACGAAGAUCCUCUGAUGAGCGAAUGCCUGGUUUAUCAGUUGAAGCCCGGUCGCACCACGGUUGGAAAGCUCGACAGUGAAACGCCUUCAGUAAUCCGUCUCAGUGGCUCGAACAUACUCGACGAGCACUGUUAUUUCGAGAACCGGGAGGAUCUUGUCACGCUCCAUUCCUUAUCAGGCAGCAUAACUCUGGUGAAUGGGAAGCAAGUUGAUCCUGAUCACCCAAUAAGAUUGCGUUCAGGAUUUCGAGUUAUCUUGGGCGACUGCCAUGUUUUCCGGUUCAAUAAUCCCGUGGAGGUCCGGAGGCAGAGGGACCGCGCGAAGACUAGCAUGCACGUUGUCACUUUCUCUCAGGAUUUAGAAGUGCUUGGCGAACGUCCAGCAUCUCCUGCUGGAUCUGCGUCGUCUCAGCAGGACGUAGAUUGGAUGUUUGCCCAACGGGAAGCUGCUCUAGCGCGACUGCACGGACUGGAUCCAGGAUUAGAUAGUCUCCCAGAUGAGGACCUGAACAAACUCUUUGAUCGCAUCACGAAGCUGAAGUCUAGCCGGGAGCAUCACUCUUCUGUUAAGGGAGAUCGUCCCGAAAGUCGCAUGAGCACCGUGGAAGACAUGUGGAGCGAACCGGGACGUCCAUUUUCCCAUGAUGCAUUCACGGAUGCUACCAGCCUAGACACUAGGGCAAAUGGUUCACCGGAUCUGGACGGCAUAACGGAGCUUCAGGGGCAAUUGGACGCCAACAAACAAGAAUUCGAAGCUAGGCUCAGCGCCAUACACGAUGCUGACACGGAGGAUAUCAGAGCAGAGAAGGAGAACAUGGAAACUCAGCUUAGAAUGGUGCAAUUGCAGAUGAAGCGACUUCUGGACCUCCGGGCCCGUGGAGUCGCUGCAGACAGUGCAGAAUUUACGGCCUUCGAGGCUACAAUUUACUCCGCCAGACAAUUGCGUUUGAUUCGAAAGGUUCUUGACCGAUGGAGAGCUCACCGAUCAUUCUCAAUGGCUGAGUCCAUCCUCGCUCACGCGGUGACAGUUAAGGAGGCUAAUGUCAUAAGUAAAACCUUGGACAAACACAUCACCUACAAUUUUACGAUUGCAGCAGGAGGUGCAUUAGCAGCCCCAGCAUCCGCACUUCUGUCCAUAGCCGGAUUAGGAGAAAUAGGGAAUGUCACCGAUCCUGCUCUCGCGUCUGCCACUCAACCAUCUGUAGGCGUGAAGGUCCUCGAUAAGAAGCAUAAUGCGGUGUAUGUCUGGUCGUUGGACCGUCUACAGCAACAAGUUCAACGAAUGCGGAACCUUAGCGCUUUUAUCGACCGACCAUCCUACUCCCAACAUUUUGCAUCAGAGGAGGCAUUUUAUGAUAAUCCAGCCCCUGAAUACUCUUUCGUAGGUAACGCUCUCAUCUGUCUUGCCAAUUUAGUCCGAAGAUUGUCUUCGACGUCCACCGUCCCAAUAUUCUGCCGUUACACCUCGGAAGCCAUCGGAUCGUGCAGAGUUGACGUUCGGACGGUGAAUCCCCCAUCCGCUUUGCGCUCUCCAAACGGCUCACUACCUCAAAGCCGCGCAUCUUCUCCUUUGCCUGGCGCCGCUCCUACUGGCUCAAAACUCAGUUUUUUCCUAACGGUUGACAAUGUGAAAGGACCAUCUUCCCUUGACUUCUCCGCAAUCCACCUUCAAGUUCGACUUUCCGCGUUCUUGGGAACAUCACUUGCUACCGAGGAGGUGUUUACCUCGAACUCUGUAGAUCUGGACACUUCGGUGUCUUCCGAACUUAGAUUCCGUCGAAUGUUUUCGAUCGCCAUGACCAAUCGGGUGAUUAACCACCUUCGUGAUGGCUAUGCUCCAAUAGAGUUCUUUGCGAUCGUCAAACCGCAAUAUCUUGAACGGUUAGAGCGGUGGGAUGAAAUUCGUGAACAGCGCAUAACACGUGCUCCCCCGGAAUCAUCCUCAUCCUCAUCAGUAUCCUGUGCUACCUCGAAUUCACCCCAACCCCCCAUGCCCUCUGCAAUGCGCAGAUCUGAGAACGAUUUUGUCGCAGAGCAGGCCCAUGACGUUACUGUCUGGCUUCGGAUAUUGGAGUUGACAGCGAAUGGCGAAUACAGACCAGUACCUGUUCGCUCACAAGGUUACUUAGAUCCCGGUUCAUUUACAUUGCACCAGGGAUUACAGAGAAGAAUCCUACUGGUUCUCACCAGUAACUCUGGUCGCCAACUGCCGUGGUCCCUUGUUUGUCGAAUACGAAUUGGGAGGAUUCGCUUGCUAGACGAGAAAGGACGUCUACAGGACACGGCAUCGAAGGACUUGUGUGAUCUUAAGAUACUCCGGCACCCCUCCGUUGAGUAUCGGCCAGAUGGUACUGGCUCUCUAACUGUAGAGGCGUUGUGGGAUUCUGGAGUUCAUGACUCGCAUCUCCUUAAUCGUGUCACGGCGCCAAACCAGAGAGUGCUAUUGCAGCUACAUUUCGCAGUUGACAUAGACACAUGCUUAGACCCAGCAACGUUCAAUAUGGAUUUUGCCAUUGUCAUGCAAGGUCGUGAUGCCAAGCCUCCAGGGAGGCUUGUGAAUAUGCUUACGUCAACGAAAGCAUUGUCAAAGACUAGCACCAUCUUCAGCCUCCGACUUACUCCUCCGCUGACAAGGUCAGUGAAAGACCUCUGGCGACUGGAUACUUCAGAGAAGUACGUCCGAGGCGAAGAAGUGCUCGGGUCUUGGAAGCCUCGUGGGAUUUCCGUCGUUGAAGACUACGUACGAUUAGAUUCCACGGAACGAAGAGCAGCGGACGUACAUGCUGUUCGUGCGGUUCUAGCUUCGCUACCACCAUCCUUCUUUUCGGUGUCCAACGCCGACCGGUUUUGGAACAAAGACGAACUUUUACACAAGGUUAUCGAACUAUGGAAGCGGCGGUUUGGCCAUCGUGGACGCCCGGAUCUUACCCAGUUUCCCACUGAAGAGGGAACGCCUCGCCCCGCAUUGAAGCGCAAACACGCCCCUCUGGAACCUGUCAAACUGGUAGCCUCCACAAAACUUGUUCCUCGAACCGAUGGUGCAACCAAGAAAGGGCAUCUUCUCAUACUUGCCGAUGCGGGCGAAAAUCUAUGGGUAAGAAGAUGGUUCGUUCUACGGAGGCCACAUUUAUAUGUAUAUGCACACUCUAAUGAACUAGAUGAAGUCGGAAUAAUCAGUCUCAGCGGCAGCGGAGUCAAAGUGGAGCGCAGUGACAACAUGGAUGCUCUCUUUGGCCGCAAGCAUACAUUCACUUUAUUUACACCAUCGAAUUCCCAUGCGCUAGCCGCACCUAAUCCCAAUGAGCUUCAACUAUGGAUAACCAAGAUCGAUCCAACACAGAUACCCACCUACAAUGGUCACCCUCAUUGA